AUGCCUGAUUCUGAGUGGCCGACGAUGAGCGCAUCACUCUCAGACAUCGCGUUAAAGGAGAACUCGCGCGCGACAGUUCAAAUCGCUAGCGUAACGGAAUCAUGGGAGCUCGCAGACCGAUAUUCCUCGUGGCCAAAGCUCAUUCGAAUGAGCGCGUACAUUCUUAGAUUUAUAUCGCGGAUUCGAAGGCGUGACGAGAUCGCUCUUCGGUCGGAAAGUCCGUCUUCAUUGACCGCGAGCGAAGUACGAGCUUCAAAAAAAUUUUGGGUGAGAUACAUUCAACGCCAACUUUUCCCGCUCGAAAUACGCGCUCUCACUCAAAGUAAGUCGGUUCCUUCGAAGAGUCCACUCGUCUCUCUCAAUCCGUUCCUGGAUGAAGAACAAAUAAUUCGGGUUGGCGGGCGGCUAUCUCAGGCCCCGAUACCCGCUCAAGCUCGACAUCAGAUAGUACUCGGCUCUCACCCGCUGGUCCGCUUACUCAUUUUUCAUACUCACUUGCGCACUCUUCAUGCAGGAACGCAAUUGACCCUUGCUACGUUACGGCAAGAAUUCUGGCUACUCAGAGCUCGAAGCACGGUCAGAUCGAUUCUGCACGGGUGCGUAACCUGUGCUCGCGAGAGAGCUCUCACUCCAUCUCAACUAAUGGGAGACCUUCCCAAGGUCAGAGUGACUCCUCCCGCGCGCGUGUUCCUUCACAGCGGGCUGGACUAUGCGGGUCCAGUACUAAUUCGAUCGCGAUCGGGUCGCGGAGUCGCUUCGGCAAAGGCGUAUAUCGCACUAUUCGUGUGCAUGGCAACACGCGCCGUGCAUCUCGAACUCGUCGAAGGUUAUUCUACUCCCGCAUUUCUCGGAACCUAUUCCCGUUUUGUAGCGCGGCGAGGUCUUCCCGAAUCGAUUUAUUCUGAUAAUGGGACUACCUUCGUUGGGGCGGAUCGCGAACUCGCUGCAGCGUUUCGCGCAACUCUUCGGGAUCCCGAUUUGCAGAAUCGCACGGCCGCAGAUAGUGUCUCGUGGCAUUUUAUACCUCCUUCCGCUCCUCAUUUCGGAGGGUUAUGGGAGGCCGGUGUCCGUAGCACAAAGCAUCAUAUUCGGCGUGUUGUGGGGGCUCAUACUCUGACCUUCGAGGAGUUCUCCACGCUACUAUGUAAUAUCAAGGCGUGUUUAAAUUCGCGUCCAUUGGCAUCUCUUUCUGACUCGCUGGAUGACUAUAAUUUCUUAACUCCGGGGCAUUUCCUCAUAGGCUCCGCGCUUAAUUCGAUCCCGGAGCCCUCGCUGUUACAAGUCAAAGAAAAUCGGUUGACGAGGUGGCAGCUCGUUCGCCAACUGACCGAACGUCUGUGGAAAGUUUGGCAACAAGACUAUAUUAAUACGCUGCAACAGCGAGUUAAAUGGAAGCGCGUAAAUCCACACGCACUUCGGGUCGGACAACAAGUCCUAUUGCGAAACUCGCUCCUCCCUCCGUGCAAAUGGGAGCUUGGGCGGAUUAGUCUGUGUCAUCCGGGAUCGGACGGUCUGAUUCGUGUCGUGACCGUUAAAACAGCGUCUUCGGAGUAUAAGCGGCCUAUCAGCAAAAUAUGUAUUUUGCCAAUCGACAUCGAGAAUGCGUCUAAUGGCGAGGACAAAGCGUCGUCUUAA